CCCCGGCAAACCUAACUACCUCACGGUCUUUCAGCAUCAUCCAAACAUUAGCUUGCUAAAUAGCUUUCAGCUACCCCAAACUCUCAAAAAACAAACAAACAAAACAGCAACAAGCAAACAGAGCUCUUAAUUCAUCUAUGAGUCGCAAACGAAACCACAAUUUCGCUGAAACAACCUUAUCUCCGGAACUCCACGCCGUCUUCAUGGAGCCUCCCGGGUCUGUAAUUGGAGUUGACGGUGAUUUCAUGGAGCUGGAACCCGAAGAAGAGCUUCUCUGCUCGGUUAGCGACAUCACGGAGCACCUUGGCAGAAACAUCACCGUGGUACUAGAGACUGCAUUAUCCGAGAUCCGUAAAAUGGUCAGCAUCAGGAUAAGAGUCCUGAAAAUGGAACUUCGCGAGAAAACCGAAGAAAUCGAAGUGUUAAAGGCAAAACUGGAUACAGUUCAGAGGGAUGGAAGGGACCGUUUUCCUGGCGUAGCGAGCGUAGAACCAUCUGCAGAGGCUAGCUUUAAGAAACACGACAGCUCUGUAGCCAAGCAUAACAACGUUGACCCCAGGAGAGCCAAAGCUGUCAUGUCUGGCGUGAAGAAGGAGAACAUAGACGCUAUUUGUGACUAUCUGAUGAAAGACAAGAACUCGAGAGGAUGUACUGAAAUGGACGGAGACCAGAGCAGCCAGGCCGGUGACAGGGAGGCUCGCCAAGGACCAGACCCGCAUUCCCUUAAUCUGUGGUCGGAGAGCGGGAUGCACGUAGAUUCCGAGUCUACCGCAGAUGACAUCUUCAGUAUGCUCCCCUCUGGCAGCAAGCGAUUGUAUGACUAUGAAUGGAUAGCACCAAUAGAAUACACUUCAGACCUGAAAGUUAUGAAGGAGCCUGAAAGUGAGAACACCUGCAAUGCUGAGACAGAGAAUGAUGACAAUGAAGAUGAGUCGAUCAGGAGGGAGGGGUCGGUACCUGAGCAGGCACAGACUCCACUCUCACGUGUUCAACCUUGUGCGUUCUCUACAGAGCCUCGGAGCUUGGAGGGCCGCACGGACAGCCCUGAGGCAGGCCAGCAGUUUACCAGUCACACCUACAUCUGCUCACUGUGUGGAACCUUCUGCCCUGACUCUUUCUUUCUGGAGGAACACAUAAAACUAAUACACUCAGACUCUGCUGGAACCCAAGCUCACCAGGCACUGCAGUCUACCUCCUCCACUACACUCUCUAUAGGAAAUAGUAGCAGUGAUUCCAAGAGGGCUGGUGGGAGUCAGAAUGAGGGGAGCACACGAUUUGGAUCUGUUGGAGGCAGAGGCGGUCCUAUAAAAAAGGAAAUAAAAAUCGAGGGGGGGUAUGAAUGUGGAGACUGUGGCCGCCGUUUUAACUACCUUGGCAACCUGCGGCAGCACCAACGUAUCCAUACUGGGGAAAAACCUUUUGUGUGUCCAGAGUGUGGGGAGAGGUUUCGCCAUGCAGCCCGCUUAAAAAGCCAUAGGUUGGUUCACAGUGGAACCCAGAGCCCGUUUCCUUGCCCUCAGUGUGGGAAAGGUUUUUCAGUGCUGUCAGGACUCAAAAGACACCAGCGAGUGCACACUGGUGAGAGUCCGUACGCGUGUCCUCAGUGCGGCCGGCGCUUUAAAGAGCUGGGAAACCUGUACACCCACCAGAGGAUCCAUAGCGGUGCAACUCCUUACUGCUGCCAGCAGUGUGGGCGCAGCUUCCGACAUCUGGGCACCUACAAGAGCCACCGUUGUACCCCGGCACAGUAAUCAGCCCUAACUUCUGAUCUCUACACUCCUGAUACCAGGAAAUCUAAGAUGUAAAUGGCUGUCUGAUGACCCUAUGGGGAUGCUAAACAGUUAAUAAAAAGGCUUGGUUUUAUCAGAUGUUGCCCAAUCAUUUAUAUUCUGUCGCAUUCAUAAUAUAUAGAUGUUGUGUUAUUGAGCAUUAGUGUCUUGAAUAAAUUAAUUUCAAGGCCAACAAAAUCACUUGUUUUUAAGCUUUCAAUAGUAUUGCAAGCUCUUCAUCAGCAAGUAGAAUCUGUGAAAUUGUCAUGAAAUUGUAAAUGUUAUGUGUUUUAUGAGGUUCCCUUGUCCAGGUUGGAUUCAGAGUUGUUCUGGAAGUUUAUUCUUGAGCUAAAAAACUUUGGAAACCACAGAAAAGAUUACAGUUCCUUGAGAAUUGAGCACAAGUUACUGUAUCUGCUCUGACAAGAUAUUGUUAAAGUUGUUUUCUCAAUGUGCAUACCACAUGGUUUAAAUAUGAUCAGAGUUAUGACCAGAGGUAGAUGAUUGCUAAAUUCUUAAACGAGCACACUGUCUUUAAAGUAAUUUUAAAUCAUUUUCUGAAGCAAACCACAACAUAUUUUAAGUUUAAAAGCUGCUAGGUAACAGGAUUUUUGUUUUUGUUUUUGUAUUUUCCACAAUGUGUCCACAGUCACAUUGUUUCCAAGUUAUGAAAAAAUAUUGUACUUUUGAUGGUUUCGAAUUUAAGUCAACAUUUUACGCUUUGAUUUUGUUGUUAGUGUUGCAUUUCCAAGCUACAAGUUUGUUUUUUUAAAUUAAUUCACUUAUUUUUUUUUAAAUUUUCAUUCAGAAUCGUGUUUACCUGCAAUGUUGUCUGGUUGAAGCUAAUCCUUUGAACAAAAAAAAUUUGAUAACACACUGGCACUUAAAGUGGUAAAAUAUUGCCAGUUUAACUAUGGACCAGUGAACAAGUACAGUAAUGAAAAAGAGCUAUAUGUUCAUUUCCAAGGUUUAAGUAUCAGGUUAUGAUUAAAAAAAAGAAAGCAUUAUUUUUUUAUUUUAUCACUAUGUAUAAUAAAUCACCAGAUUAAUAAUUUUCUUUUGCGUUAUUAUGUCAACUUAUCUGUAAAAAUGUUGCAUUUUACCAUUAUAUCUACGGAUGGGGGUAUGUCACCAUCAUCAUCAUCUCAAAAUGUAUCUGAUUGGAGUAGGCAGCAAUUAUCAUCUCAUUUUGUGCAGCAGAAGAGUCAUAUGACCUUCAGAAUGACCAUUUUUAUGUUAGCGCACACAGAGCCUGAAUCAGAAAGCCCUGCUUAACAGAGAAACUUGCUAACCACUUUGUGAUACCUAUUAUCUCUGACUGGAGUUUUGAGUUUUGUUAAAUGAGCUAAGGCUAAGAAAGCCUGGCUGUGUUGAACUUUAUUUGUAUUAUACCCCUCCGGUUCUAAACUUAUUUAAACGCGUGAUAUAUUGCACCAUGUCAGCAAAAACUAUGCCAAAAUGCAGAAGCAGUAUAUAAAAAGCUAAGUACACCUUAUGAUUCAGUAGCUUGGAAAAUCACUUUAAAUAACUUGAAGAAAUUUUUUUUGUAUGACUUUGCAAGCAUCUGGUAUUGUUGUGCCCAAUACAUUUGACCUACUCUUCUUUACAAUAUUGUUUCAGUUCAUUCAUUUAUGCAAAGCUCUCUUAAGGUCAGUGCUUCAAUCGGGUUGUGGUCUGGUCUUUGACUGGUCCAUUGCAACACUUUGAUUGUUUUCUUUCAGUAAUUCUGUUGUAGAUUUGCUGGUGUGCUUGAGCUCAUUGCCCUAAUGCAUGACCCAAUUUUAGACCAGCUUUAUCUGUCAUCUUCUGUACCUGGAUAAGAGGAAUUCCUGCUUUGUAGUACAGGCCUUAGGUGAUCUGGCUGCAAAAACAGAGACCACACAAUUUGAUAUUACUUUUAAAAAAAAAAUCUCCAAGCAAUGCAGGGUCUGACCAUAUUUGCUAGUACAUCCAGUCCUGGGAAGAUUGGUAGUAGUCUUGAAUGUUUUCCACUUGUGAGUAAUUAUUCUCACUGUAGAAUGGUGAACUUCCAGUUGUUGGAAAAUGGCCCAUGUUGGGCAGCAAAAAAAGUUUCUUGGAGUUUAUUAUGGAUGGAUGUCUUCCUUAGCGUUGUGUUAAAAUACACCUGAAUGCUCCAGGAAAGGAAACUACCAAAAUAAAUUUUUAUAGAGCUUUUCACACUUGGUGAUGAUCUGUUAAUUAAGAGCAUUUGAUUAGCACCACCUGGCUGCUGCUUACCCACUUAAUUCAUAUGAAAGCAGUAAAGGUGCACAUAUUUUUUUCAGACACUGCUUCUGUAUUUUUGUUUAGUUUUUUAAAGUAAAUAAUUACACGUAAAUGUGUUUUUUAUUGCAUUC